GAGCGAAAGGGACCCUGCAGGGAAGAGGCAUGCUUCUAUCAAAGAGACCGCAGCUCACGGAGUUCUCCUUAAGUCUUCUUCUUGCGCUGCUAUGCUUGCGAGUCAAGGUGACCCUAACAUCAGGACAGUUCGAGUUUGAGAUCAUAUCCAUGCAAAACGUAAAUGGCGAAUUGCAAAACGGGAAUUGCUGUGAUGGGACCCGAAACCCAGCCGACAGAAAAUGCACUAGAGAUGAGUGUGAUACUUAUUUUAGAAUUUGCCUGAAGGAGUAUCAGUCCCGGGUUUCCGCUGGGGGCCCUUGCAGCUUUGGUACAGGAUCUACCCCAGUCAUCGGUGGGAAUACCUUCAAUUUGAAAUACAAUCGGAAUAAUGAAAAGAACCGGAUUGUUCUCCCAUUCAACUUUGCCUGGCCGAGAUCCUACACGUUGCUUGUUGAGGCCUGGGAUUACAAUAACGACAGUGUUAAUGCAGAUAGCAUUAUUGAGAAAGCUUCUCACUCCGGUAUGAUCAACCCAAGCCGACAAUGGCAGAUCCUGAAGCAAAAUGCAGGCGUGGCUCACUUCGAAUACCAGAUCCGGGUCACUUGUGAUGAACAUUAUUAUGGCUUUGGCUGCAACAAGUUUUGCCGACCAAGAGACGACUUCUUCGGGCAUUAUACUUGUGAUCAGAAUGGCAACAAAACCUGCCUGGAAGGCUGGAUGGGUCUGGAUUGUAACACAGCCAUCUGUCGUCAGGGUUGCAACCCCAAACAUGGCAAUUGCAAAACUCCAGGAGAGUGCAGGUGUCAGUACGGAUGGCAAGGGCAGUACUGUGACAAAUGCAUUCCCCACCCAGGCUGUGUCCAUGGCACUUGCAAUGAACCAUGGCAAUGCCUCUGCGAAACCAACUGGGGUGGCCAGUUCUGCAAUAAAGAUCUCAACUAUUGCGGGACUCACCCGCCUUGUUUGAACGGAGGUACGUGCAGCAACACCGGGCCUGACAAAUAUCAAUGUUCCUGCCCAGAGGGUUACUCGGGACAGAACUGCGAAAUUGCGGAACAUGCCUGUCUUUCGGAUCCUUGCCACAAUGGAGGAAGCUGCCUUGAAACCUCUACAGGAUUUGAGUGUGUCUGUGCUCCAGGCUGGGCAGCUCCAACAUGCACACUUAAUAUCGACGACUGCUCUCCAAACCCCUGCGGCCACGGAGGGACUUGCCAGGAUCUAGUUGAUGGGUUUAAAUGUAUUUGCCCACCUCAGUGGACUGGCAAAACGUGUCAAAUAGAUGCGGAUGAAUGUGAGGGUAAACCUUGUCUCAAUGCCAAUUCCUGCAGGAACCUAAUUGGCAGCUACUAUUGCGACUGCAUUGCUGGCUGGGCUGGCAACAAUUGUGAUAUGAAUAUUGAUGACUGUACUGGACAAUGUCAGAAUGGAGGAACUUGCAGGGACUUGGUUAAUGGUUUCCGGUGUGUCUGCCCACCUGGCUACGCAGGGGAACAGUGCGAGAGAGACAUCAAUGAAUGUGCAAGCAACCCUUGUUUGAAUGGGGGACAUUGCCAAGAUGAAAUCAGUGGAUUCCAAUGUCUCUGCCCGGCUGGAUUCUCAGGAAAUGUCUGUCAGUUGGACAUAGAUUAUUGCGAGCCCAACCCAUGCCAAAACGGGGCCCAGUGCUUCAAUUAUGAGAACGAUUACUUCUGUAGCAAUUGUCCGGAAGACUAUGAAGGGAAGAACUGCUCGCACCUGAAGGAUCACUGCCGCUCGACUACUUGUGAAGUCAUUGACAGCUGCACUGUGGCGGUGGCUUCCAACAGCACGCCGGAAGGGGUUCGCUACAUCUCCUCCAACGUCUGCGGCCCCCACGGCAAGUGCAAGAGCCAAGCGGGAGGCAAGUUCACUUGCGAAUGCAACAAAGGCUUCACCGGCACCUACUGCCAUGAAAACAUCAACGAUUGUGAGAGCAACCCGUGCAAAAACGGCGGCACGUGCAUUGACAGCAUCAACUCCUACAAAUGCAUUUGCAGCGACGGCUGGGAGGGGACCUUCUGUGAAGCCAAUAUUAAUGACUGCAGUAAAAACCCUUGCCAUAACGGAGGGACAUGUCGAGAUUUGGUCAACGAUUUCUUCUGUGAAUGUAAAAAUGGCUGGAAAGGAAAAACCUGCCACUCACGUGACAGUCAGUGUGAUGAAGCCACAUGCAAUAAUGGAGGGACGUGUUACGAUGAAGGAGACGCCUUCAAGUGCAUGUGUCCAGCAGGCUGGGAAGGCGCCACUUGCAAUAUUGCAAGAAAUAGCAGCUGCCUACCAAACCCCUGUCAUAAUGGUGGGACGUGCGUAGUUAGUGGCGAUUCCUUUACAUGCGUCUGUAAAGAAGGCUGGGAAGGACCAACUUGCACUCAGAAUACAAAUGAUUGCAGUCCACACCCUUGCUAUAAUAGCGGAACUUGUGUGGACGGAGACAAUUGGUACCGUUGUGAGUGUGCUCCAGGCUUUGCUGGUCCGGAUUGCAGGAUAAAUAUCAAUGAAUGUCAAUCCUCACCCUGUGCUUUUGGAGCUACAUGUGUAGACGAAAUCAAUGGAUACCGUUGUAUCUGUCCAGCCGGUCGCAGUGGUCCAAGAUGCCAAGAAGUUUCAGGAAGGCCUUGUGUUGCCAGUGGCCAUAUUAUUCCAGAUGGAUCGAAAUGGGAUGACGAAUGCAACAGCUGCCAAUGUGUGAAUGGAAAAGUCACCUGUUCUAAGGUCUGGUGUGGUCCAAAGCCUUGCCUGAUAAAUGCCAAAGGUCACAGUGAAUGUCCUGCAGGCCACACCUGUCACCCAAUUAAAGAUGACCAUUGCUUUGUUCAUCCCUGCGAAAAUGUUGGCGAAUGCUGGCCCUCGAACCAACAGCCGGUGAAAACGACGUGCAAUUCUGACUCUUAUUAUCAGGACAAUUGUGCAAACAUCACUUUCACUUUUAACAAAGAGAUGAUGAGCCCGGGUCUUACUACUGAGCAUAUCUGUAAUGAGUUGAGGAAUCUAAGUAUCUUGAAGAACGUUUCUGUUGAAUACACUAUCUACAUCACCUGUGAACCAUCACACUUGGCAGAGAGCGAAAUUCACGUUGCAAUUUCUGCUGAAGACAUCCAAGAGGAAAAUAACCCAAUAAAAGAAAUAACUGAUAAGAUUAUUGAUCUGGUUAGCAAGCGUGAUGGAAACAGUACACUUAUUGCAGCGGUGGCAGAGGUCCGGGUACAGAGGCGGCCAGUUACAAACAAAACAGAUUUCUUGGUUCCAUUACUGAGCUCCGUUCUAACAGUGGCCUGGAUCUGUUGCCUGGUCACGGCCUUCUACUGGUGCAUCCGGAAGCGCCGGAAGCAGAGCAGCCACUCUCACACCGCGUCGGACGACAACACCACCAACAACGUGCGGGAGCAGCUGAAUCAGAUCAAGAACCCCAUAGAGAAGCACGGGGCCAACGCUGUCCCAAUCAAAGACUAUGAAAACAAGAACUCCAAAAUUGCCAAAAUAAGGACACACAACUCUGAGGUGGAGGAAGACGACAUGGACAAACACCAGCAGAAAACCCGGUUUGCCAAGCAGGCAACGUACACGCUAGUAGACAGAGACGAAAAGCCACCCAACGGCACCCCAACAAAACACCCGAACUGGACAAACAAACAAGACAACCGGGACUUGGAAAGUGCACAAAGUUUAAACCGAAUGGAAUACAUUGUAUAGCAGACGUAGGUGCUGCUGUGCAGGGCCUUUACCUAUCAAUUCAAGGCAACUCGGAGCUUGUAGUUCUUAAAACGGUUGUGUAAUAU